GUCUAUUGAGUUUGUGUUUAUUUGUUUUUGUCAACACUUUCUGAUAUAUCUGAUAAAAUGAGGAAACUGUUAAUCAGCUACAUUCAUACAUGCAUCAUUUUGAAAAUAACACAUUUUUCUGUGAAAUCUUGUGAACAAGUUUCGGUGCUUUUCUGACCUUUGACUGAAUUUCACAGCAACUACUUCCUGUUGGCAGAUUAUCCUGCUCCAGUCUGUGACAUCACACGUGUGGAGUCAUGUGAUUUUCACUUAUUAACACUCCAGGUUUAAUUUAACAGCAGUCCCUAAACAUUAGCAUUCAGUAGCAGAAGAGAUAGAUGCAGUUAAACUUGAGAUGACCCACAUUAUGUUAAUUCACUACAGUUAAUUUGCAUAUUGUGUAAAACAAAAUACACUUUUAUUUAAUACAAAUUGCAGCUUUUAAGUACAAUCUUUCCACAAAGCCUUUAAAAUGACUGAACCUCCUGAGAGUGUGUGAUACUUUAAAUUAGACCCCAUGGCAAACAUGAACUCAAUAAUUAGUUCCAUUUUAAAAAAUACCAAUAUAUUGGGGUCCUACGCAGUUUUAAUAAAGAUCUAAUUAAAACAGAAACAGGAAACGAUGAUAUGAAGUCAUUAGAGACAAACUGACAUGAAACACUGGAGUGAUAGAAUAAAGAUAUGACGGUAUACCUGCGGGGUCUGCAGGUCUCCAAUCUGCAGGAUUAAGAUUAAAAAUGAGUAUUUAAGUCAUUCUCAGCAGGAAUUUUAUAAUCAUGUGUCUGAAGGGGCCGCUGGGGGGCGUCUUUCUCUCUCUGUGUCUUCUGAUGUAACUGUUAACCUGUGUUCAUCCCGCUGGAGCUGAAGCACCGGAGAGGACCGCCGAGCUCCGGAUGAUGGAGGAGCAGCAGCGGGACUGACAGGCGCGGACACGCCGGCAGGUGAGCGCUCUGUGCGGGGGGGAGACAAACGGGACGGACGUCGCUCGUCUUUCACCGCAGAUUAUAAAACAACAUCCUGCGAUCAUCAGGCUGAUUUUCACUCCUGCUCCUCUGCCUCAGCUGUGAAAACACUCCGACAGACAACGAUGCUGCUCACAGGCUCAUCUGCUGUGUGGAAAUCCAGCUGAAUAACCGGGACUGCAGACCCGCAGGUGUGAAUAACGAUGACUCCCAUCCUCGCUGUUUGAACAUGCUGCUUGGGUAGCAAAAAGCCCACCGAGAGGAGCGUCUACACACACUGGACACACACACACACACACACACAGCGUCAGCCCAAUUCAAGCACAACCAUGUUGAUCAAGGAGUAUCGCAUCCCCAUGCCGAUGAGCGUGGAGGAGUACCGCAUCGCUCAGCUCUACAUGAUCCAGAAAAAGAGCCGAGAGGAGAGCUGCGGCGAGGGCAGCGGGGUGGAAAUCCUGGAGAACAAGCCUUACGAGGACGGCCCCGGAGGCUCGGGUCAAUACACACACAAGGUCUAUCACAUCGGGAAACACAUCCCGUCUUGGUUCUGUGCCAUUCUGCCUCAAGCUGCCCUUCGAGUGGAGGAGGAGUCCUGGAACGCUUACCCCUAUACACGAACCCGGUAUACAUGCCCAUUUGUGGAGAAAUUCUCUAUAGACAUUGAGACGUAUUAUAAACCAGAUACUGGAAAUCAAGGGGACGUCUUCAAUAUGUCCUCUGCUGAAAAGAGACUGAGGACUGUUGACCCUAUAGACAUCGUCAAGGACUACAUCCCUCCUCAUGAGUACCUGGUGGAAGAAGACCCUAAACUGUAUCAGUCCAUCAAGACCAAACGGGGUCCGCUGUCAGAGGACUGGAUCGAGGAGAUCAACCAGAAUCCUGGUCAGAACCCCGUCAUGUGUGCCUACAAGCUCUGCAAAGUGGAGUUCAGAUACUGGGGCAUGCAGUCCAAGAUCGAACGCUUCAUACACGAUGUGGGUCUGCGUAAAGUGAUGGUUCGAGCCCACCGGCAGGCGUGGUGCUGGCAGGACGAGUGGUACGGACUGACCAUUGAGGACAUCAGGCAGCUGGAGCUGGAGACCCAGCUGGCUUUAGCUAAGAAGAUGGCCCAGUACAGCCUCAGUGAGGAGGGGGGAACAGAGACCAACGGCUCCUCCGUCAGCCAGGACCAGGAGCAGGGACCUGAGACCGUGGGAUCGACUGCGGAGGCAGAAGCAGGAGGAACGAAGCUGGGAGAUUCACUGGAGACUCGAGGGGAGCUCACCAAGCAGUGGUCAACAUCUUCUCGAUCCUCCAACAGGUCAUCUAAGAGAGGAGGUAGUCCGUCUCAUCAGAGCAUCUCAGAGUGGAGGAUGCAGAGCAUCGCCCGGGAUUCAGAAGACAGCACAGACGAUGAGUUCUUUGAUGCACACGAAGACUUUUCUGAUAACGAGGAGAUUUUUGCCAAGGAGAUCACCAAGUGGAGCUCCAAUGAUCUAAUGGACAAAAUAGAAACAAUAGAAGUGGAUGAAGCACAAGAAACUUUGUUUCGGGAGUCGGGCGGAGAGUAUGCUGUGAUGAGUAAUGAGGAGACGCAGAUGGAGGAUUGUUCGUCUCAGCAGUGUCUUCAACCCUCCAAGAUUCACGUUCUCGUUCUGGUCUUGCAUGGAGGAAACAUUUUGGACACUGGUUCUGGUGAGCAGAACAACAAGCAGGGAGACGUGAACACCCUGAGCGGGGCUUUUGAGACCGUGAUGAGGGUCCAUUAUCCCGCAGCGCUGGGCCGCCUCGCCAUCCGGAUGGUCCCCUGUCCCGCCGUGUGCGUCGACGCCUUCUCACUCGUCUCCAACCUGAGCCCCUACAGCUACGAUGAGAGCUGCCUGUCCAGCAGUCAGGACCACAUCCCGCUGGCCGCUCUGCCCCUUUUGGCUACCUCUGCACCACAGUACCAAGACGCCGUGGCAACCGUCAUCGUGCGAGCAAAUCAGGUGUACAGUGACUUCAUCAAGUCUUUAGAAGGAGCGUCUUUUUCCGGCCAGGUGUGUGUCAUCGGGGACUGUGUCGGCGGCAUCCUGGGCUUCGACGCUCUGUGCAGCAGCUCUGUGACGGUGUCAGAGAGCCAAAACAGCAGCAGACGAGGCAGCGCCAUCAGUGUGCAGGACACAGACCUUCUCUCUCCAGGUAUCGUCAUAAACAGCGUCUCUCCUUCCUCGCCGACCCUGGAAGGAAGCCGCCAUCUCAGCCGCAGCAACAUCGACAUCCCUCGCUGCUCGGGGCCCGACGACCCCAAGAAGCAACUUCCACGCAAGCGCAGCGACUCCUCCACGUACGAGCUGGACACCAUCAAACACCACCAAGCCUUCCUGUCCAGUCUUCACUCCAGCGUGCUCCACGGGGAGCCCGGAUCACGACGCUCCAGCAACAGCACCAUGCUGGAGGGAGGCUCCUUGGGAAAGUUCGACUUCGAGGUGACUGACUUCUUCCUGUUUGGAUCUCCUCUGGGGUUGGUGCUCGCACUGAGGAAGACUGUGGUGCCCUCGUUAGACGUGUCCGCUCUGCGUCCGGCCUGUCAGCAGGUUUACAACCUGUUUCAUCCAGCCGACCCGUCGGCCUCCCGCCUCGAGCCUCUCCUGGACAAGAGGUUCCACCUGCUGCCUCCUUUUAGCGUCCCCCGCUACCAGCGCUUUCCUCUGGGCGAUGGACACUCAGCUCUCCUGGUUGAGACCGUGCAGAGUAACCCUCAGCUUCUGAUGGAGACGGGCGGUGCAGCGUCCCACCGCCUCCAGGAAAGCACCAUCAGUGAGACGUCCAUCCCUGUGCCCGUCCUCAACUGGCAGACCUCGCAGCCUCACGCUGAGACGGAUAGUCUUCACUCUCAUAUUUUUGUUGACGGCCCGUACCCGGCAUCCACGUCACCAGGAGUCCCUCACCUUCGUUGCAACCGCAGGGCCAGCGAGGCCAGCAUAGCCAGCCAGGUGUCAGGCUUAGCCGACUCUUACACCGCCUCCAACAUCGCCACGACACACAAACAUGAAGUCACCCAGACUAAAAGGUCCAGUCUGCUGUCCCAGCUGCCUCUACCCUACAAUAAAUUUGCCGCUCGGAGCCCGUCCCCCCGAUUGCGCAAGAAAAGGUCCAUCCGUCAGGUGCUCCUGAGACUCAACGGUGUGGAGUCUGAGCAGAACUCAGACCUGAGCUCUGACAUGAGCUCUGAUCUCACCGAUGUCACCUCUGAUCUCACCGAUGUCGCCUCUGACAUCACUGACAUCAGCUCUGUCCCCCCUUCACCCCGGGUGCUGAAGAACAUAGAGCAAGUUGCUUCUCGGUGGUGGGGCAGUAAGAGGAUGGACUACGCCCUGUACUGUCCUGAUGCCCUGACAGCGUUUCCCACGGUGGCUCUGCCUCAUCUCUUCCAUGCCUCCUACUGGGAGUCUACAGAUGUCGUCUCUUUUCUACUCAGACAGGUGAUGAGACAUGAGAACUCCAGUAUUUUGGAGCUGGAUGGUAAAGAAGUGUCUGAAUUCACUCCGUCCAAACCUCGAGAGAAGUGGCUCCGCAAGAGGACUCAUGUUAAAAUUAGGAAUGUGACAGCUAACCACCGUGUGAAUGACGCCGUGUUCACGGAGGACGGCGCCCAGAUGGUGACCGGACGUUUCAUGUACGGCCCUCUGGACAUGGUCACCCUUACUGGAGAGAAGAUUGACAUCCACAUCAUGACCCAGCCUCCCUCUGGAGAGUGGGUGUACUUUAACACAGAGCUCACCAACAGCAGUGGACGUGUCUCUUAUGUAAUCCCUGAGAACAAAAAGCUGGGUAUCGGGGUGUAUCCUGUCAAAAUGGUGGUCAGGGGUGAUCAUACAUUUGCAGACAGCUAUCUAACCAUUGUACCACGAGGGACUGAGUUUGUUGUGUUCAGUAUCGACGGGUCAUUUGCCGCCAGUGUGUCCAUCAUGGGCAGCGACCCAAAAGUUCGAGCUGGAGCUGUGGACGUGGUGAGGUACUGGCAGGAUUUGGGCUACAUGAUAGUUUAUGUAACGGGUCGUCCUGACAUGCAGAAGCAGCGCGUGGUGGCUUGGCUCUCGCAGCAUAACUUCCCUCACGGCAUCGUCUCCUUCUGUGACGGGCUGGUUCACGACCCGCUCAGACACAAGGCCAACUUCCUCAAAUCCCUCAUUGGCGAGGCCCAUAUGAGGAUCUGCGCAGCCUACGGCUCCACCAAGGACAUCUCUGUGUACACCUCUGUCAGCCUGCCGCCGUCCCAUAUCUACAUAGUGGGAAGGCCCACGAAGAAAAUGCAGCACCAGUGUCAGUUCAUCCCGGAUGGCUACGCUUCCCACCUGUCCCAGCUGGAGUACAACCAGAGGUCCCGUCCUGCCAAGUCCGGCAGCACACGCAUGGUCCUCCGCAAGGGCAGCUUCGGGUUAGGAGCAGCGGGGGGAGACUUCCUCCGCAAACGCAAUCACAUCUUUCGCACCAUCUCUUCCCAGCAGCCCGGAGGAGCUGGGUCCGGCUCUCCCAGCCAGCCGGGGCGGACUGAGCGCACGCUGAGCCAGUGCGAGAUGGAGCGGGACCGAGGCGGCGCGGCGGCGGCAGCGACGCAGAGGAGUAUGAGUAUAGCAGCAGGGUGUUGGGGCCGCAGCGGGAGCACCAGGGAGGGGAGCGGAGGGUCACUCGGCCCUAAGUAAGGUUCAGAUGGUGUCGAAGGACCCGGCCUGAACCACCAUGAUCUCUGGACGGGGCUAAAGUAGAGGAGAGAAGGGUGGAUGGAGAGAGGAGAGAAGCAGGGGGGGAGUGGAUGGAGGGUGUGUAUUCUAGGCAUAUACCAUGACUAAUACUCUUGUUUGGAUCAGAGGAGAAUAGUGAAGGAGGCGUAGAGAGAAAUCUGUCCAGAAGGAGUGAAAUAAUCAGGCCAAGAGGGAUCCAGCGAACAAAAGCUCUGUAGCAUGACUCUUUUACAGUAAUACUUUUAUAGGAUACAUAGCUAACUAUUAAAAAUGACAAGGAAGGAUUAAAUGAAAUAAUGUAAGCCUUAAACUAAUCUCGUACAACGGGACCCCCUUUCUGAACACACACACACACACACACACACACACACAUAUAUAAAUAUACAAGACACUGUCCAAGCAGUCACACUCAUGAGCUCAGGACAAACUGCAGAGCCAGAUUCAUUUUCAAAAACAGCCAAACAAGGGUUUGAGGCCACGUUAGCUGGCAGCCGUGGCAAAAAAAAAAAAAAAAAGCCAACCUGUUUUUGUCCCGCUGUCUGCUGAGCGGCGUGUUUAAAAGACAACACUCGACCCAGCAAUGACUGGCAAUAAGUAUAGAAAACCCUCACAAUGCAAGAAGAGACAAACAAAUGUAAGGAGAGAGGGAACAAACAAUGACAUCUUAUUGUAAAAGGUUAAUUCAUCCAAAUGAGAAAAUAAUAACAUAUUUCUUCACUUAACUGUAUCAAGCCAUCAAGAUAGUCUUGUUUUUUUCCAAAGGUCAACGGAAAUUUCUACUUUCUACCAAAGAAAUAGUCACUUUAGCCAAGUUUCUAUUCAAAUUUAGCUUAAAUUUUAAGUGAGUUUCCAGAAAAUCUGUAAAAUGAGAAUAAAUUCAUUUCCAUCCACCACUGCAAAUAUUAGGAGUUGGUUCAUCAAGAUAAAACAGUUGGUGAUGCUAAUUCUCCAGUUGGUGCCAUUAAACCAUUGUAGAAGAAGAGGACACAACGAUUGUGAGGAUUGUGAGCCCUAAAGAUUUUUAAUUCACUGUCACAUAUGACAAAGAAAAGUGGCAAAUCAUCACAUUUGAGAAGCUGAAAGCAGAUAAUUUUUGGCCUUUUUUGCUUGAAAAAUAACUCACAUACAUAGAUACAUAACAUAAAACCACAGUUAUCUUUGUGGCUUGAUACCAGGUAAAUGGGAAAAUAUAUAUACAUAUUUUUUUGCAAUUUGGGUGAACUGACCCUUUAAACAUCCGAGAGCUGGAUUUGAAGGUACCGUUUUGUCUCGUCACAGAACAACAUUGCCACUGAUAUAUUACAUGUAUUUAAAUACAGUUAACAUGUGUAAGUGGGACUGCUAGCAGGUCCAGUUUUCAUCCCACCCUGUGUGAGACUCUGUAGUAUUAUCCCUUUCAGUGUGGCCUCUGGGCCAUCCAAGGCCUUAAUAUCCAAUGAGACACUUGCUCCACAGACGGACCAGAAAGCAGAAAACAGGGCAUGCAGCAUCAGAGCAACAACUGAAACUCUGUACAGUCCACAGCAACAAUCCCUUUAUAUAUUCAUCUGCUUGCAAUACCUCUGAUCUACCUGUAGGUGGUGUUCUGUUUCCCACAUGUGCUGCUGCUGCUGCUGCUGCUGGGAGACACUGGUGUGGUGUUCCUCGGCUUUUUGCUGUUUUUGCUCGUACAGGACGGACCCGGUGUUUCUGCUGAGGAGCCUGUUUCGUGUCAGGCAGGAUUUCCACGUGCAGCAGCUUUCACUGACAGAGAUCCUGUUAAUUCUUUCAAUGUUUUUACCAAAACGGAUCGAAGGAUGAAGCCUGAAUGUUAAAGUGUUGAAGAGACUGCUUUGAUGCUUUUGUUGGAGAAUGUGGAGAGAGGUGGGAGCCGAUGAAAGCAAACAUCUCUUUGUCGCUUCUGUCUUCUGAACUGUAUAUUUUCAUACAAAGGGGACACAGAAGGAGAAGCCGCCUCACAUCUUCAACCCAAAAAAACACAAAUUAACGUGCACAAAAAGAUCAGAUUACCCCCCUGCGGAUGCCACCCUCGCUCAUUAAAACCCAUGAAAGCUUUCGGAGUAAGGAUGUGUCGCACACUCAUUCAACUAUGCUGUUGUUUUAUGCCCAGCUUCCACACAACACAAGGGCGUGCCUGUGUCCACUCUGUGUGAUCAGCAAUGUCUUCAAUCCACCACAAAAGCCAAAAUCAUUCUCUAAUACUGUAGAUAAUCAACUGUGUAACCUCAUUGUUGUUUUUUGCACUAGUUUUACGGUGGAAAUAUAGUGUAGUUACCAUCUCAUGUUGCUACAUUUGAACACCUCUGUAGUGCAUGACACCUUUUUAUUUAUUUCAGGGUGUGUGCAGGUGUGCACACGUCUGUACAUUUUGUCAGAAUAUGAAAAUAAUGUAAGUAAAUGUGCCAAACCGACAGUAGACACUUCUAGAGAAGUAUUUAGACUGUGUCCAAACUUUUAUUAUAGUAAGAAGGAGAGAUGCUGUGUACAGUAUGUACUGAUGCUGCGUUCACGUCAUGCGGGAUAGAUGUUAAGUUACAGAUAAUCUUACAGUUGAGAGUUUGUUUAUGUUGCCCACACUGUGAGCUUGGAAUUCUCUAUAUUUUUCUUAUUGUCAACAAAUCUCAUGUUCGGAGCAAAACCAACAAUGA